AUGAAGAUACAAAUAACCUUGAUAUCCGCCAGUGAUAUAUGGAAUGUGGACAUUUUCCACGAUUCGAAGGUUUAUGCGGUGGCGUGGAUUGAAGAUGGAUCGCGACCCGCAAAGCAAAAAACUACGGCCAAAGAGUUCGAUACAAACCCUAGCUGGAACAAGCUAAUGUGUUUCAUAGUGGAGGAGAAGGCGCUCGAGCUGGACUGCCUCUGCUUAAAACUGGAGCUCAGAAUAAAAGAGACAACCCGCAGCAAGGAGGAGACAACCGGCAGGAAGAAAGCACGCAGAAUGAUCAGAAUGAAGGAGACAACCGGCGGCAAGAAAGUAGGCGACGUGUCCAUCCCCAUUAAAUUCCUUGCCAAGUCGAAGAACGGCCGCCUAGAUUUCUGGAGUUUCUGGGUGCGCAAUCCCUCUGGGAAUGUCACAGGGAAGCUCAACCUGGCAUUCGAAGUUAUAAAGCCGGAGUCCGAGUCAAUUGCCAAAGAAAGCGCCGCUCCACAACGCAAGAAAAAGAAAAGGAAAAAGGUGCCCCUGAUCAAGCCAGAGCCCGAAUCAAAUGCCAAAGAGAUUGACGCUCCACAAGGCAAGAACAAUAAAAGGAACAAGGUGCCCGUGAUCAAGCCAGAGCCCAAAUCAAAUGCCAAAGAGAGCGCCGCUCCACAACGCAAGAAAAAGAAAAGGAAAAGGCACAGGGUGCCCCUGAUCAAGUCAGAGCCCAAUUCAAAUGCCAAAGAGAGCGCCGCCCCAAAGCGUAAAAAAAGGAAGAAGGUGCACCUGACCACCUCUUCAGAAUUCGCGCCACCCACUAUCGAUCCCCCGCCUCUGCCGCUUCUGCCUCAUCCUGAUGUGGGCUAUCCCCAAUAUCCUCUGCAACAGCCCAACUCUCAUCAGGGUGGCACUGGGUACACUCCCUCCUCUGGUUACCCUUCAUACCCACCAGACUAUUCUCAGCAGGCUGCUUACCCUUCACAACCAAUAGAAUAUCCUCAGCAGGCUGGUUCCCAUCCAUACCCACCAGACUAUACUCAGCAGGCUGCUUACCCUUACCCUCCCUACACACCAUACACACCACCAGACUAUCCUCACCAGGCUGGUUACCCUUACGCUCCCUACCCACCAUACACGCCACAGGCCGCUGCCCCUCCGCCGCCUCCGCCUCUGUCUCAUGCGGGCUAUCCACAAUACCCUACACCAGGCGAGCAGUAUCCUCUGCCGCAGCCUUAUCCUCAGCAGGGUGGAUUCACUGCCAAUUCUGGUUACACGGGGUGGUAA